AAAUCAAAACUAAUCAUUAUUACUCCAAAUCUUGAAUGCAGAAAACUUAUCAUUACUACAAAUCUUACAUGCAGAACGAUACGACUUCCUAUCACUCUCGCAUUUAUUUAAUUGUGUGGUUCAAGUUCAAUUCAAUAUAAAGCUGAAGAAGAAGAUCUCAAAGCAACCCAACAACAAUCUUCAAUAAAAAAAGAAAGAAAGAGAGAGAGAGAGAGAGAGAGAGAGAGAGAUAUGAAGGAGUCGGAUUGAAGAAGAGCAAAAGAUAACAUGGAAGGAAAUGUGCGAAGAGCUUAAGGAGAAAAACGAAGAGCUGAAGAAAGUAAUAGCAGAGAAGAAUAAAGAGCUGGAGAAGGUAAAGAAGGAGAUGAACAAAAAGCUGGAAGAGGAACGUUAUGAGGUAGAAGGGUUAAAUGAUACGAUCUGGACCCUCUUCUUAAAAGAGCGUCAAAGCAAUCAUGAGAUACACGAAGCACGCCGUGAAUUGAUCAGUGGAUUGAGAGAUUUAUCUGACAAGAGAUCCACGAUCAGAGUCAAGCGCAUGGGAGAAUUAGACGAAAAGGCGUUUGUGAAAGCUUGUAGGGGGAGAUUCACCGACGAAAAAGCUGAGGUGAAGCAGUACUGCCUUUGCUCGACAUGGCAGGAGUACAUCAACGAUCCAGCGUGGCACCCAUUCAAACGGAGAAAAGAUCAUUGUCCAUUUUGUUCUGUCGAUCGCAUGUUCCAUUUUGUUCAAUUUCUUUCCCACUGUAGUAGCUACUACUAACUUUCUCUCUCUCUCUCACACUGGUGAAUGUUAAAUUGUUAUGGUUUGCAGGAAGUGGUGGAUGAAGACGAUGCGGAAUUUAAGAAUCUGAAAGAAGAGUGGGGUGAAGAGGUGAAGAACGCAGUCAAGAAAGCAGUCGAGGAAAUCAAUGAGUUUAACCCAAGUGGCCGGUACUUAGUUCUGGAACUCUGGAACUUUAACCAAGAGAGAAAAGCCACACUCAAAGAAGGGAUUGCUCAACUGACGACACUGAUCAAAACUCACAAACGCAAGUACCCAUACCCAUACCCAUACCCAUACCCAUGAUGAGUGUUCGGUUCUUUUGGAAUCUCUAAUUUAUUAAACUCUCCACCUGUUUUGUUAGUCCAUUGCUUCUCGUUUUAUUUGCAUCUUGAAACUAUACCUAUCCAAACCCCGUGGAGGGUUCUUUUUUUAAUUCUGGUUUAUUUCUAUCUAAAAAAGC